AUGGCCGGGUCGGAUCGAAAAGUCGGCGUGCUUUGUCCAUUAUGCCGGUGCAAAUUUGACAAACAGGUGCGAAAGAAAUCCAUGCGAAAGAAGUCGAUGCGAAAGAAAUCCAUGCGAAAGAAAUCAGCGCGAAAGAAAUCCAUGCGAAAGAAAUCCAGUGGGGAAAGCCGGGGUGGCAAGCCAAGGCCGGCCCCCAACCAAGCUAAGCCGUUUCUGAACCCUGGACACGCCGGCGUGGCUUGCCGUGCCGCCUCCUAUUCGCCAGAGGCCGCUGCAGCUGGCAGCUGCAAGUUGGGCAGCUGCAAACGCCUCGCCACCCCCGUCGCCGUGCCUGGCACAAUGUUCGCCUGCGCUGCUUCGAGCCUUCAUCUCAGCCCUUCAGCCAAACCAAGUUGGCCUCUACACGGCGGCAAGCUCUCACCUGGUCUGACGGACGACUCUGACCUGACGACAACCCAUGCUCUGGGAUUGGAGCGGUCUGAUCCAAUGGCUCUCCGUCGCGGAUACCUGCGUGUGCCAAUGCUCGGUGCACUCGACGGCCGUGUCUUUGCCGUGACUGGGCGGCAGCCUUGGCCAACGGAUGGCUUCAAAGAGCGUGCGACGCAAGGACGGGACUCGGAUCGCCGCAGCUUGCUUUUGCUUCUCCCCUGCUUGGCCUCGGGCUUGGAUGGCCCUCUGUGUGUCUGUCGGCCUGCGUUGAUGGCUUCUGGGGCCGGACAGGGCGAUGCCCGAAAGUCUCUCUGCUCAACAUUCUUGCAUCACGCAUUACUCCGUACAUGCCUUGACUUUUGUGCUUUCGGUUCUUUCUCAUCAGGGCCAGCUGGAGUGAUCCUCUUCAUGUAG